UCGUCAUGGCGGCUGGAGGUCCGACUCCGAGUAGUACCGUGUGAUACUGCCGGCUCGCGUGCGCGUAUUACUGCAGUAGUACACGUAGUAGUACUGCGAAGUACUGCAAGUGCGUGGAUAGUACUUUGGGGAGUCGUCAACUGGAGUAACAGAAGUCAGCGCGCGACCCCGCUAGCUCUGCUAACAGCGCGAGGCAAGGAGCCGAAAGAGGGGACUCUUGUUUUGGAGGAGAGGAGUCUUGUUUUGGAGGAGAGGACUCUUGUUUUGGAGAAGAGAGGACUCUUGUUUUGGAGAAGAGAGGACUCUUGUUUUGGAAGGAGAGAAGAGAGGACUCUUGUUUUGGAAGGAGAGGACUCUUGUUUUGGAGGAGGCCAUGCCCUCCCCCCCCUCCCCCUAGCCCAGGAUGGGCGUGACGUGACGGCUGCUCUGGGUCCCGUGGCGAUGGAGGAGUCGGUGCUCCUAGACCUCCUGGAGUGCCCCGUGUGCCUGGAGCGCCUGGACGCCUCGGCCAAGGUGCUGCCCUGCCAGCACACCUUCUGCCGUCGCUGCCUGCUGGGCAUCGUGGGCUCGCGGCCCGAGCUGCGCUGCCCCGAGUGCCGCACGCUGGUGGGCACGCCCGUGGACGCGCUGCCCAGCAACAUCCUGCUGGUGCGGCUGCUGGACGGCAUCAAGCAGCGGCCGCGCCGCCCCGGCCCCGCCCCCCCCGCCGGCCCCAGCGCCGCGGCGGGGCCCCGCCCCCCGGGCCCCCGGGAGCCCGGGGCCCCGGCCGCCGCUCAGCCCCAGCGCGCCCAGCCCAAGAGCAGCCUGCUGCGGGUGGGCGUCGCCCAGCUCCCGUGCGCCAAGGCGCUCUACAACUACGACGGCAAGGAGUCGGGCGACCUGCGGUUCUCCAAGGGGGACGUGAUCGUCCUGCGGCGGCAGGUGGAUGAGAACUGGUUCCACGGGGAGACGGCGGGCGCCAGCGGCUUCUUCCCCACCAACUUCGUGCAGGUGCUCACGCCGCUGCCGCUGCCGCCGCCGCAGUGCAAGGCCCUCUACGACUUCGAGCUCAAGGACAAGGAGGCCGACAAGGACUGCCUGCCCUUCUCCAAGGACGAUGUACUGACCGUUAUCCGGCGGGUGGAUGAGAACUGGGCAGAGGGCAUGCUGGGGGAUAAGAUCGGGAUAUUCCCCAUCUCCUACGUUGAGUUCAACGCGGCAGGGCGCCACCUGGUGGAGCUGGACAAGCCCUCGGAGCCUGGCGGGGACUGGGCCGAGGGCGCGUCCCCGGGGGCCCAGGGGCCCGGGGCCCCGCGGGGGGCCGGGGAGAAGAAGAACACCAAGAAGAGGCACUCGUUCACCUCCCUCACCAUGUCCCACAAGCCCUCGCUGGCGCCGCCCCCCCAGCGCCACUCCAUGGAGAUCAGCGGCCCGGUGCUCAUCAGCUCCUCCAACCCCACGGCCGCCGCGCGCAUCGGGGAGCUCAGCGGGGGGCUGUCCUGCUCCGCCCCCUCCCAGGUUCACAUCUGCACCAGUGGGCUCAUUGUGACUCCGCCCCCCAUCAGCCCGUUGACCACCGCAACGGUCUUCGCCUUUCCCCCCGAGACGGGCUACACGUCCAUCAGUGUGGACGCCCUCCCUCCUCCCCCGCCUCCUCCCCCCCAGUCUUCAGUAUCCGGUGCUGUGUCCUCAUUGGCUGCGGCCCAGAGACCCGCCCCCGGGCCGGGAGAGCCAACUGGGAGACAGAGGCCCACUGUCUACGUGGCCAUGUUCCCCUACCCCCCCCGUAAGGAGGACGAGCUGGAGCUGAGGAAGGGAGAGAUGUUCCUGGUGCUGGAGCGCUGCCAGGACGGCUGGUUCAAGGGCACCUCCAUGCACACCGGCAAGAUCGGGGUGUUCCCCGGCAACUACAUGAGCCCCAUCAACCGGACUCUGUCGGGGGUCGGCCCGCCCAAGCUCCCCCUGACCCUGCCCCCCCCCCAGGGUGGGCGGAGCCUCGGCGCCCCCACCCCUCUGUCCCCGCCCCCCUCCUCCUCCCCCGCUCCGGGCCCCGACGCCAACAAACCUCUCCCAGCAUGCACCGGGCCGGCGGGGGGCGUGGCCCAGGCGGUGGUCAGCGCGGCGGCGGCGCAGACGGCCACGGGGCAGCAGCCGAAGGCCGCCGUGCACGUGAACGCCCAGAUGACGGUGAACCAGGCCCGCAACGCUGUGCGCUCCGCCGCAGGCCACGCCCAGGACCGGCCCGCGGCCGCGGCGGCCCCGCCCCUCCAGCCCGCCCCCGUCGGGGCCUUCCUGGCCUACCCCGCCCCCGCCCCCGGCCCCUCCUCCCGUGGGGGCGUGGCCCUGGGCUGUGCCUCCGCCUCCCUGACUCCGCCCAAUGUCAGCGCCGCCUCCCUGGAGGGCGACGCCCAGAGGCAACCCGUCGGCCCCGGUAACGGCUCCCCCAACAACGGCAACCUGGGGUUGUCAUGCCGACUGGAGAAGGAUGCUAAGAGAGAGAAGAAGGGUCUUCUGAAGCUGCUGUCGUCCAAUAAGAAGCGUGGCCGCUGCUCGCCCCCGCCCUCCCCCACGCUGGACCCCGAGGGCCCGGGGGAGGGGCCCCUGGGGGGUCCGGAGGCGGGCCGCCCAGAGGCCGACGCCGCGGGGGCCGCCGCCCCCCCGCCCAUCGCCCCGCCCCCCCGCCUGGCCUGCUCCUCGCUCUCCUCCCAUCACCAUGACGCCCACCCCAUCGUCUGCGAGCGGUACCGGGUGGUGGUCUCCUACCCCCCCCAGAGCGAGGCGGAGCUGGAGCUGAAGGAGGGCGACGUGGUCUUCGUGCACCGGAAGCGGGAGGACGGCUGGUUCAAAGGAACCCUCCAGAGGAACGGCCGCACCGGCCUGUUCCCCGGCAGCUUCGUGGACAGCGUCUGAGGCCGAGACCGCUGACCCCUGACCCCUGACCCCGCCCCACCCCGCCCCCGGGGGGGUUGCCAAGGUGACAGAGGUCAGACGGCAUCAGGGGAGGGAGGGUCUCCGGGCUGGGCGGUCCUCCCUGAGGUCCUCAACACCUUCAGGGACCAGGAGGACCCCCCUGCCCCGCCCCCCCCUCACCCUCACCUUAUACAUGAGGACCACAGUGGGGCCGUCACCAGACUGCUGAUUGGCCGCCGGCGCCAUGCUCGGACAUCUCGCCACCCUGGUUGUCUCUGGCAACAGGAUAAGAUUGCACAUCCCAGAGUAGUUUCCCAGAAGGCCGCAGUACUAGGGGACCCCCCCCAGCGUCUCAGAUCUGUCAUGGCCGUCUUCACUCCAGACCGUGGAGUCAAAGGAAUACUUUAAUGAAUACUUUAAUGAAUACUUUAAUGAAUAUUAUCUCCUAGUUUAUAGUUCCAUGUACUGACUGACGGACCGGACCUGUCAGGAGAUCCACCGCACUGGAGCUCUGGAGCCCAGUGAGGUCACUGGAUCUCUGGAUCCACUGGAUCUCUGGAUCACGAGGUUCUCCAACCAGUGAGGUCACUGGAUCUAGAGAUCCACUGGAUCUCUAGAUCACGAGGUUCUCCAACCAGUGAGGUCACUGGAUCUCUGGAUCCACUGGAUCUCUAGAUCACGAGGUUCUCCAACCAGUGAGGUCACUGGUUGGAGAACCCCAGUGACUCCAGGGGUCGUACCACUCCAGUGACUCCGGGGGUCGUACCACUCCAGUGACUCCGGGGGUCGUACCACUCCAGUGACUCCGGGGGUCGUACCACGCUGGUGGGUCGUUCCACUCCGGUGACUCCGUGGGUCGUAUCACUCCGUGGGUCGUACCACUCUGGUGGGUCGUUUCACUCCGGUGACUCCGUGGGUCGUACCACUCCAUGGGUCGUACCCCUCCGGUGGGUCGUACCACUCUGGUGGGUCGUUCCACUCCGGUGACUCCGUGGGUCGUACCACUCCGUGGGUCGUACCACUCUGUGGGUCGUACCACUCUGGUGGGUCGUUUCACUCCGGUGACUCCGUGGGUCGUACCACUCCAUGGGUCGUACCCCUCCGGUGGGUCGUACCACUCUGGUGGGUCGUUCCACUCCGGUGACUCCGUGGGUCGUACCACUCCAGUUGUGCGUCGUAGAGCUGAAGCGGCAGCUGUGCGUCUCACUCCUCUAACGUACAUUCCUUACUUCCUUACUGACUCGUAGCACAAAGAACAAAGAACCCUAACGUCUUAAGCACAGAGUAUUCUUCCAUGUUGCGUAUCAGAACUAUGUCGUGUAUUCCGUUGUGCUGGGACCUGAGAGGCAUUACUUGAACGCAGAAUGAUUCCUGAUGUAGCGGAACAUGUUCGCCUUUGGUUGUUUUGACUUGAAUUGCUGCACAAACUGACUGGAUGGACGGACGGACGGACGGACGGACGGACGGACGGACUGACUGACUGACGGGGACAGUGAUGGGGGGGUCACAGCACAGUGCUCGACCCCUCUGACCAGCGACACGCAGCGACUGGCCCCCUGCUCUGGUCCUGUUGUAGGGCCCUCCUGGGGGCCCCUGCACUGGUCCUGUUGUAGGGCCCUCCUGGGGGCCCCUGCACUGGUCCUGUUGUAGGGCCCUCCUGGGGGCCCUACAACAGGACCAGAGCAGGGGGCCCUGCUAGGGGGGGCCCCUAUAGACGCUGUGUUUAUUGAUAACGGAGAAGGCUGGAAAUACGGUACUAAACACUGUUGGUGUGAAUGACUCAUGGGAUGAGUGACAGGAUGAGGGGAUGAGUGACGGGAUGAGUGACAGGAUGAGGGGAUGAGUGACAGGAUGAGAGGAUGAGUGACAGGAUGAGGGGAUGAGUGACAGGACGAGGGGGUGGUGAUGUGGGCUGGACUGGUGAGUGGACUUGGUGUCGUUACACACAGAAAAGCAUUUAUCUUCUACAUCUGCAUCUACACCACCCAUAGCUACACCACCCGCACAUACACCCCUCCUACACCACCCAUAGCUACACCACCCAUAGCUACACCACCCGCACAUACACCCAUAGCUACACCACCCAUAGCUCCACCCACACAUACACCACCCACACGUACACCCCUCCUACACCACCCAUAACUACACCACCCAUAGUUACACCACCCACACGUACACCCCUCCUACACCACCCUUAGCUACCGCACCCACACAUACACCACCAACACAACCACUCCUACACCACCCAUAGCUCCACCCACACAUACACCACUCCUACACCACCCAUAGCUACACCACCCACACAUACACCACAACAUCUCCACCCACACAUACACCACUACAACACCACCCACACGGAUCUCCCUCCUCCCGCUCCACCCAGGUCAUGUGUAGGUGUAGGUCACCCCAGCUGUGAGCUACGUCAGGUAGCCUCUUUACUCCACCUGACUCCUCUUGCUAAGAUGUCUGACUUGAUUUUUGUAUGAUUUAUCUUUUGUAUAGUUAGUUCGAUUAAAUCAACGGCCCGCCUGUUAGAGGGACAAUAAUAACAAUAAAGAUCUUUCUUUCAUUUUGGUCUAAUGUGUCACUUGGGGGUGUGUGUGUGUGUGUGUGUGUGUGUGUGUGUGUGUGUGUGUGUGUGUGUGUGUGUGUGUGUGUGUGUGUGUGUGUGUGUGUGUGUGUGU